AUGCUUCCGUCUUCACCAGGCUUCACGGGGCCGCGCUCAAGCAGUAGGCCGCCCGGAAGCACUGUACCAGCGACGGCCGCCAGCACCAGCUACAACCCGAACGAUAACAACAGCGAGCACGCUUCUGCGCCUCAUUCUUGCUUUGGCGCGCAGUCUGACGUACGACUGACUGUCGGAGGCUUCAAUGAGGGAGGCCUCGUGACCCUUAUCACUGCAGACAAACAAUUCUUCUGUCUGCCAGCCUCUCUCAUUCCAGCCCCUUUGGAAAUUGGGAGCGUUGUAACUAUUGCUCUGAGAAGAGACAUCGAAGAGGAGGCGGCAAGACGCAGAGCUGUUCUCAAGCUCCAGGCCGACGUCUUAGAGUGCAUUCAGCAACUUGAUAGGGAAGAACCGAGGCGUCUUGCUGACCCCCUGUUAUUGCUGCCCUGCAAGGAGGAACAGCAGCUGGAGCCAGAGCAGCAACAUAGAAGGCAGCAACACCAACAGCAGACGCAUCCGUGA